GGCGGCAGCAGCGGCGGCCCGCCCCUCGCCUCUCCCUGCGGGGCGAGCGCCAGCCCGGGGACCCUCCGCGGCCGCCGCCUCUCCGCCCGCUCCUUCUCGUCUCCCCUCCUUCCUUCCUUCCUUCCUUCCCUCCCGCCUCGCACCCGGCCGGUGGGCGCCGCCGGCUCGCCCCGCCGAGAAGUCUGGGCGCCCCCCAGCCCUCGCUGCUGCUGCUCCCCAUGGGGAUCCGCGAGUUCCCCAACGGCUCGGCGCGGGGCAAAGCCGCCACGCUCGGCAUGCGGCGCUCCCCCGACGUGAGCCCCCGGCGGCUGUCCGACAUCAGCCCGCAGCUGCGGCAGCUCAAGUACCUGGUGGUGGACGAGGCUAUCAAGGAGGACCUCAAGUGGUCCCGCUCCGUGGAGGACCUCACCAGCGCCUCCGUGGGGCUCACCUCCAUCGAGGAGAGGAUCCUGCGCAUCACCGGCUACUACGGCUACCAGCCCUGGGCCGCCAGCUACAAACAAAUGUCUGAUAUUUGCUACUUUACUCAUGAGGGAGUAUGGGAUUUCUCUAAGAGCAAAUCCAUUGCCUGGAUUGGGAUCAUUCCUGAGAGUAAAGCUUAUUCAGGGGAUGAGCGCUCCCGGGAGUCUCCAGCCCCAGCAGAAGCACAGAUGCAAGCCGGGGCAGAAGGUGGUGGAAGGGUGAGCCGCUGUUGCUGGAAAUGCUCCGUGACACAACUCAAGAAAAUUUUCUGGGGUGUGGCCGUGAUCUUGGGUGUCUGCUCCUCCUGGUCGGGUUCAACCCAGCUAGCCAAACUAACCUUUAAGAAAUUUGAUGCACCCUUCACUCUAACAUGGUUUGCAACAAACUGGAACUUUUUAUUCUUUCCUUUGUAUUAUCUUGGACAUGUUUUUAAGUCAGCUGAAAAGCAGUCUCCAAAGCAGAGAUACAGGGAGUGCUGCCGAUUUUUUGGAGACAAUGGCUUGACUUUGAAGGUGUUUUUUACCAAGGCAGCACCCUUUGGUGUUCUUUGGACACUCACAAACUACCUUUACUUACAUGCAAUAAAGAAAAUAAACACUACGGAUGUCUCCGUGUUGUUCUGCUGCAACAAAGCGUUUGUGUUCUUGCUUUCAUGGAUCGUUCUGAGGGACAGGUUCAUGGGAGUGAGGAUCGUGGCUGCUAUAUUUGCUAUUGCAGGGAUAGUUAUGAUGACGUAUGCUGAUGGGUUUCACAGCCACUCCGUGAUUGGGAUAGCCCUGGUGGUGGGCUCUGCCUCAAUGUCUGCUCUCUACAAGGUUUUAUUCAAACUUCUUCUGGGCAGUGCAAAAUUCGGAGAAGCUGCCUUAUUUCUGUCCGUGUUAGCCGUCUUCAAUGUUCUCUUCGUUACCUGUAUUCCUGUCAUCCUUUAUUUUACCAAAGUGGAAUACUGGAGCUCUUUUGCCGUCGUUCCUUGGGGAAACCUCUGCGGAUUUUCGAUUCUCUUAUUGACAUUCAAUAUUCUACUAAAUUUUGGAAUCGCUAUUACAUACCCCACCUUGAUUUCUCUUGGAAUUGUACUGAGUGUGCCAGUAAAUGCGGUUGUUGAUCACUACACGAGUGAAAUUGUCUUCAACAGUGUCCGAGUAAUCGCCAUCGUCAUUAUUGGCCUGGGUUUCCUCCUGUUGCUCUUGCCAGAGGAAUGGGACGUCUGGGUGAUAAAGCUGCUCACGCGUCUCAAGGUCCGGAAGAAGGAAGAAAUCCCCGAAGGGAACGGAGACAUCGCUUCAGGAUUGCCUAACAAAAGCCGGAGAACUCGCCCCUCCCUGUCAUCUUUUGCUCAUUAAAUGCUCUUUUUA